AUGAGAAACGGAAUGAACAAGUGCUCAAUAACAUCAGAGAACGUUGGGGACGGUGCGAAUGAGUCAUCGUUGGGCAGAAAUGAGCUGUUCUACUAUGCGAAGGCGAAGAGAUACAGAUGGGGAAGUAGCACUAUUAAUCGUGAAAAAACAAUCCCACGAAAACGAUACCCACCGCUGCCAGCACCAUCUGAAUCGACAAGGCAGGUUCUACAAAAACUUGACAAGUUAAAGGUCGCAGCGUAG